GCCACUCGCUGGCUCUGUCCUUAUAAGGCAAAAGAAAGCAAGCAAGCGCGCGCUUGUGGUCCGUGCUGGCAACCUCGGCCCAGCCGUGAGGGGAAAGUAAGCAAGCAGAGAGACAGAAAGGCGUUGGAUCUGAGAUUCAGUAGCCGAGCAUUGCAGCAUAUAAUCCCUUCUGCCUGUCGACGAGGGGAUCCUGUCUUCCGUCCCGCCGUGUCGUUUGUCAAGGCGGUUCUGGUCCGUCCCGCGCCGUGGUAGCCAUGUCCAAUGUGGCGCCGCCUAGUCUCAGCAGCCCUACCCAACAGCAACACCAGCAGCAGGCGAUGAUGAUGAGGAUGAUGUUCUCGUGGCCGGCGGCCCUAACCCUCGCCCUGGUCGUCUACGUGACGGCCUGUUCGUUUCUGCGCUUCCGCCGGUUGAGGGGCUUGCACGCGCGCUUCAAGUAUCCGGACCGCGAAUCGCUGUCGCGCAUGACGGCCGAAGAUGCUCAGGCUAUAGUCCACACCAUGAGCUCGUGGGAGUGUCCGCUCUUCUUCGAUCUCGCCCUGAGAUAUGCCCUCUUCAAGACAUAUGCCGUCGACUCCGUCGCCAGUCUCUUGGUGGCCGUCAGCGACCUAGCUCGACCACGUCAGGCCCCAAAGAGAUAUGAAGAUACCGAAGUCAUCUUUACCGCCUUCGCGCAGUAUCAUCCCAGCUCUCCGCUUCUGCACCAAGCCGUCGCGAGGAUGAACUGGCUCCACGCGCCGUACAUCAAGUCCGGCAAGAUCACCAACGAGGACCUCGUCUACGUGCUCUACACGGCCAUGGUCGAGCCCAUCAGGUUCUUCCGGCUGUACGAGUGGCGCGCCAUGUCGGAGAUGGAGGAGGCCGCGCAGUGCACCCUGUGGAAGAACAUUGGCGACAUGAUGGAGAUUGACUUCGCCUCGGUGCUGGGCAAGAGCCGGUGGACCGACUCCCUCGAGUUCAGGGACGACGUCACGCAGUGGGCAUGCCGCUAUGAGGCAGACCACCUGCGGCCCGGCCCCGAGGCAGAACGCCUCGGCGAGGUCCUCAUCGACCUGCUGCUGUCGGCGUAUCCCAAGAUUGCGCGCCCAUUUGGGUACCAGCUGGUGCUGGUGUUGUUGGGGGAAAGACUGCGAUUCGCCUUUGGGUUCCCCGAGCCUGGGGUCGCCGUCACGGCAUUCGCCUACUCCAUGCUGCUCCUGCGCAAGCUCUUCCUACGGUUCCUGGCGCUGCCACGGCGCAACCCCAUCAAGUACCUGGCCGAUGGCCCCAACCCCAAGACGGGCCGGAUCGCGCAUAACCGCUACCUCAAGGAGCCUUGGUACACCCCCACCACCUGGGCGUCCCGCUGGGGCCCCACGGCGCUGGCGACGAGGGCAUACGGCGGCCUCGUCCCCGGCGACAAGCCCGAGAUGAUGCCUGAGGGCUUUCGCUGGGAAGACCUGGGGCCGCUGGGCAAGAUGGGCAAAGGCGCCGAGGAGAUGGCCACGCUGGGGCAGCGGGUGAGCAAGGUCGCGGGCCGCAAAUGUCCCUUCUCUGCGGCCGUGGGGGCGUGA